CCGCCCCUCUGCAGACCCGACCGCAGGCCCCACCAGGAUGUCGGACUCGGAAGACCAGGACUAUGAGUGAGAGGAGGAGGAGGAGGAGGAGUAUGAGGAGGAAGCCCCCGAGGAGCCGAAGCCGGUGGCAGAGCGAGAAGAGGAGCGCCCCAAGCCAAGCCGCUCCCUGGUAGCCCCGCUGAUCCCCCCCAAGAUCCCAGAAGGGGAGCGCGUGGACUUCGACGACAUCCACCGCAAGCGCAUGGAGAAGGACCUGCUGGAGCUGCAGACGCUCAUUGACGUGCACUUCGAGCAGCGGAAGAGGGAGGAGGAGGAGCUGAUCGCGCUGAAAGAGCGCAUCGAGCGGCGCCGAGCGGAGAGAGCCGAGCAGCAGCGCUUCAGAACAGAGAAGGAGCGGGAGCGCCAGGCUAAGCUAGCGGAGGAGAAAAUGCGGAAGGAGGAGGAGGAGGCCAAGAAGCGGGCUGAGGACGAAGCCAAAAAGAAGAAGGUUCUGUCUAACAUGGGGGCCCACUUCGGGGGCUACCUGGUCAAGGCCGAACAAAAGCGGGGCAAGCGCCAGACAGGGCGGGAAAUGAAACUGCGCAUCCUGUCCGAUCGCAAGAAGCCUCUCAACAUCGACUACAUGGGGGAGGAUCAGCUCCGGGCCCGUUGGCCUGCCUUCCCUUCAUAUCAGUCCUUGCGCCCUGUCAGGGAGAAGGCCCAGGAGCUGUUGGACUGGAUCCAUCAGCUGGAGUCAGAGAAGUUUGACCUGAUGGAGAAGAUGAAGCAGCAGAAAUAUGAGAUCAAUGUGCUAUACAACCGCAUCAGCCAUGCCCAGAAGUUCCGGAAGGGGGCUGGGAAGGGCCGCGUUGGAGGCCGCUGGAAGUGAGGACGUGGGGUCUCGAGGCUCACGCCCAGGCGCC